AUGUCGUAUUCCUCCUUCGGUAUCGACUCGGCUGUGGUGGAACCCACCCUCCAUUCAAACACACUGCCCCAAGUCCCCUCCAACGAAUGGAUCCCUCCUCCAGCAUCCUUGACCACCAUCGACUACGACGGUUUGGAUCUCAACGACGAGAUCUUUUUGAAUAACCAGAACCCGGCUUUCCGUGAGGAGGCCCCAACUCUGCCAGUGGCUCAGUCCAACGUGAACUACAGAAACUUGCAGUCGAACUUGAGUCUGCCCGAAAUGCAGUUUGCCUUGCCUUUCAGGACAGAUCCAAACUCACAUUACUCCCACCGUCGCCGUUUCUCUCUGGCUGUUGAGCAGCUUGACAGAAUGUCUUUGCAACAAAAUGCGCCCGACUCAGCUAACUCCACAGUCUCUUACAACAGCGACCAAGGCUCGAUCUCUGGUAUGAACCUGGCCAACUCAGACCACUCCCAGCGCUCAUCCACCUCCUCCAACACCAGAGCCGACCUGCUGGAUCAGUUUGGCAAUUUGAAGGAGGAGCGCACGGUAAACCCUCGGGAGUUGUUCGGAAGUCUGCUUUCCACAGGCUCUAUGCCUGCUCCUGCUCGCUACGUGCUUCCUCUGCUGAUGCUGUCCCCCUCCUUGGGUACUAUCUUCAAAGGCAUGAAUCCGAGCCUUGACGAGACCGCUGAGCACAAGUCGAAUGUUUUCAACGGCAUAGAUACCAACAACUCCUCGGUGAUUCAAUCGCCCGAGGAAGCUAGUAACUCCACGUUUAUCAUGAAUGAUGAGUGCGUGAACGCCAUUACCUACUGGCUCAACAACACUGCGAAUGUCAUAUCUGAGUCUGAUAAUGCGGCCGAUCGUGCGGCUCAAGCGGCUACCAAGGCAUCCAGACCUGGCUGGAGACGCAACAACUCAAUUCAAGUUCUUCCCAGUCGGUCGGACGCCAGUCCCUCGAGAGCUCAUUCCAUUGUAGGAAGCUACAACUCGGUGCAUAAGAAGAGAAGACAGAAGUCUUUCAACAAUGCGAUUCCGGACAUCUUUGCAAGCGAGUUGGCCUCCGACUCCCUUGCGGGCACAUCGGCCUCAGAUGUCCCUCGUGAUCUCUCAUCUGUUGCUGGUGACUCCAACAACCAAAUGCCGAUGAUUAGUCCUCAGGAACUUGCACUGUUUACACAAGGCCUCGAGCAGGUUCCCGGCCUUGGUCAGGAUCUUGUGCAAGACAUUUCACUGCCUUCGUUAGCGAAGCAAGAGCAAGGCCAGUUCAACUUUCCGAGUUCCCAGGCGGAGCAGCCAAAGGCUGAGCUGUCCAACGGUAGAGUUCAUGAGCAUGGAUCCCCAAGCCAAUCGCAGGCUUCCAAGCUACAAGCUGCAGCUUCGAGUCGUGGCGCAGGCGCUGCCUCGGCUGAAGACGAACCAAAACCUUUCCCAUGUCCCGAGUGCGAUAAACAGUUUAAGCGUCUGGAACACUUGAAGCGUCAUAUUAGAUCAGUGCACUCGAACAUCCGGCCGUUCCACUGCAAGUACUGUGAGAAGAAAUUUUCGAGGUCGGACAAUUUGGCACAGCACCUGAAAACACACUUCAAGGUGAACAGUAACGGAACUACGACAAUCGUUUAUGGAAACCCCAAUCCUCAGACUCGUGGUCGCAAACGCAGCACCUCGAUGACAGGCGAAACCCAAAUGAAUGUCGAGGCCUGA